AACAAAACCCGUAAGCCUCCGAUCGGAUUCAAAAUCGUUUGUACCUGAAAAAAUGGCGGGGAACAAUAUUAAUAGUACAACGAUGAAUGAGUAAAUAAUGACUAUUUAUAGCUCUCUAACACUUUUAUUGGUACAGUACGAUACACGUAUAAUAUACCAACAUUAACAAUUCCUAUGCACAACAUCCGGAUGUUUUGCAAUUGCUAUGUGCGGAGUGCCGUUGUGCCAACACCAAAGAUACAACGAAGAUGCAAAGAUGAACAAAGUGGAGAAACGUAUGACACGACUCAAUAUUUAAUAGCCAAAAUUGACAUACACAACUUUUCUUCAUUCUCUAGCCAUAGUUUUCGCUUACUCUACAUCUCCUGUAUUAACAUGAACACCAACAACAUGAACGGAACCUCCUCCUCCUCCCCUUUCCUUGACGUUUUCACUGCUGAUGAUACCACUUCUACUGAGAUUAUCACCAACCGAAUGAUUUAUGACAAAUUGCUUGAAAUCCAAGCUGCUGUCCAAAAUCCCCAAAGCUUACCACCCUCCAGUGUUGCUGGUAAUCAACAAGGAGCAAAUCUUGUUACCAGACAUCAUUGUUCCUGCUGCAUUCUUCGUCGUGGUGGCAACAUCCUUGGUUUGGAUGCCCCUGUAUCAUUGGGCAUAGAUGUUUUCGACAAAAAUGCAUUCAGUAUUCUCGCGGGUGACCUCACAGCUCAAGAACUGAAACACUUGUUGGAUACUCUCAACGAUGGUGGCAGGACAUUCGAGAGUGUCUCAGCAAAGUCUGAAAAGGCUGAGUGCUUAAGCAUGACUGUUGAGGCGCUUCGCAGAAACUUUCGUUGGAUGCACCAACCUGAAGAAGUCAUUUUAGAAGAAGCAAACCGUCGCUUUGAAGUUACGUACUACUACUGUAAGGUUUUCGUACGCUUCCAUCUUUCGGGUGAUAAGGAGUUUAGGUGGAUGGAUCUCAGUAGGGGAGAUCAAAACAAGUAUAUCGUUGCGUUCGAAGAAAUGAUGAGGCGCAUCACCAGCUCUGAUGAUGUUAGCGUAACGGUGAACGAUGUCAUUCCGUUGGACGUCUGCAAGAAAGGCUGGGCUGCCCGUAAUCUGUUGCGGUAUUCUAUCCGCAACCUCCACCGCAAGGCAGUUACGGGUACUUCCAAUAAUGUCCCUCCUGUCACCGGCCGCAGAAACCGUGCUCCCUCCCACAAACAAAGGGAUGAAUCGACGGGUGUUAGCGACAUCAGCAGCAGUUCUUCCACCCUUAGCUAUUUGAUCGAUAGCAUGAAUGUCGGUAACAAUGAUCAUGCUUCUGCAGGAGGUUUUGCUGACUUCAGCAUUGGUGUACCUGGUGACCAGUCAACAUUUUCUGGUGUUAUUGCUGACGCUACUAGUAGGCAAACAGGAGAUGAGAGAACUGCACACGGCGUAGUUCUUUUGGAUGAUCCUGAGUCUGCUAAUGGCGUCAUUGAGACACCAAUUGUUGCUGGUACCAGAAAAAGGCCUUCUUCUCGUCUUGAUGGCACUGCCAAAAGAACCCGGGUGAUGACGCUCGCCACCUCUGCUGCUUAUGUCAACAGAAGCAUAAAUGAAGAAUAACGAUGGUUCUUUUUUUUCUGCUUGGUGCUUCCUUUACCAAUUUCAGUUUUUAACCAAUAAACAAAGGUACCGAUAUUUCUCUGUGCGACCAUUUGGG